AUGGGGCAGGCCCUGGAAGCCAUUACCUCCAAAGAGCAUCCCAGUGAACACUGGUCUCUGCUGGAUCAGCACUGGGGGCUGGUGGGGUGGCCUCCGCAGGGUCCCUGGGAGUCAGGAUUCGAUCCUGAGCCAUGGUGGGUACAACCGGAACUGCUGCUGCUUCUUGCAGACAUCUGGAGCCUGGGGGUCAUCCUCUACAUGCUGGUGUGUGGCCACCCCCCCUUCCAGGAGGCCAACGACAGCGAGACCCUCACCAUGAUCAUGGACUGUCGCUACACCGUCCCCCCGCACAUCUCGGCACAGUGCUCUGAUCUCAUCUCCAGAAUGCUGCAGCGGGACCCGAAGCAACGAGCUUCCCUGGAGCAAAUCGAGGGCCACGCGUGGCUGCAGGGGGUGGACCCGUCCCCGGCCAGCCGCUGCCUCCUGCCCCUCACCUCCCACAAGCGUGUGUCCGAGGAGGAGCACGAAAUUAUCCUCCAGGCUAUGACGUGCGGGAACAUCGCGGAUCGGGACACCAUCCAGGAGGCACUGGAGGCCGACCGCUACAACCACAUCACGGCCACCUAUUUCCUGCUGGCGGAGAGGAUGCUGCGGGAGAAGCAGAAGAAGCAGGGUCACCGCCUCAGCCUCGUCUACAACCUGGCCAAGGAGGUGCAGAGCAGGACCAACUUAUCGGAUACAUUGGGCCCCAUGGGCAGCGGUGGCAGCCUCUCACCCUUCACGGAGGUGCCAGGUGGCCUCACCGCGGGCUCCCGGCUGCCCCCCCUGCCCACCGGAGGGGACAUCGGUGGCCGGCAGCCCCUCGGGGUACCAACCCCCCCACAGAGCCCCUUCAGCACCCAGCUCCCCUCACCGGGCCCUGCUCCCCUCUCGCCCAAGGUCCGCCUGAGCAGGGAGGGGGCGGUGGCAGGGUACGGGCUGUUGGCCGCCGCGGAGCUGGAGGAGGGAGAGGUGCUCUUCAGCGUCCCUCGCAGCGCCGUGCUGUCCCAGCAUACCAGCUCCAUCCAGGCCCUGCUGCAGGAAGGUGAGCACUGCCACCGACCUCCGCUUUCCCCAGAGAAAGGGGCCGGGAGGAAGCCCAGGGACCGUUCCUACUUUGUGGAGCAGGGAUGUUAG